AUGUCACUUAAAGAAUCAGCAACUAUCAAUGUUGGAUACCCGAUAACCGGUGCCAAAUUCAUCAAUAACAUAACAGUAAUGGCUAUUGGUGGUGGAGGCGAAGGCAGAAAUGGGAUUCCUAACUGUAUAACUUCCAUCAAGUGCAGUUUUAAGGUCAAAGAUCCCAAGAUGAGGUUGCAGAAAUUUAGAGAAAUCACGUUACCAACAAACGAAGACUCGCCUCAGUGUAUCGACGCCGUCAAAGUCAUCAAUGACAAUGGUGACAAGGAGUAUAAUGUGAUUUUCGGAUGUAAUCAAAGUACACAAUUGAUUAGGUCGAUGGGUAUUAAUUGUAAUGUUCGGAAAUAUGUUGUCAAUUCGGACCAGCAUAUGAAGUUCAUUGACGCCGCUCAAUUUGAACUGGAGCUUCCAGGCGACGCCGAUGACUAUCCACGAGCAGUCAAGUUGGCUAAUGAUAACUUGGUUGGAUGUUUCUUGACGACAACUACCCCUUCGUCAAUCUAUAUAUUUAACCCUGAAUCUCUUGAAUUGAAAUUCAAAUACAAACCAGAAAGAGAUAUGGAAAUUAAAGAUAUUGGAUUAAGUCCUGCCGAUGGAAAAGUAUUGUGUUAUAUUAGCUCCAACCUGAUUGAGACCGUAUCGACCAGUUCUGGACAGUUGAUUUCCUCGACCACUAAAAAUGCCAGCUUGGACAAGAAAUUAAAAGGAUACAUCCUUUCGAAAAUGAAAUUCAUAAAUGAAAAUGAAGUAUUGAUAGGAGCUGGUGUCCGUGGUGGUAAAGGAGCCGCCAUAGUCCACUUUAACAUCCAAUCGCAAAAGAUCAUCAAGAUUAGAAAAGUAUCAAACAAAUUCAACAUGAUUGUUGGGCUUGACAUCUCGCAUAAACAAGACUUGAUUGGUGUUGCUGGUAACGACUAUUCGUUAUCAAUCCUCAGGUUAUCUACAUUCAACGUGAUUGGGCGUUUUGAGAAAUUGCAUCCGUUUGCAAUCACCAGUGUCAGUUUCUCCCCCGAUGGAACCAAAUUGGCCACUGGUAGUGCCGCUAAUUUCUUGCAUGUUUUCAACAUUCCCAAGAAUUAUGGAAAGGGAAGUUCUGUUAUUGGAACCUUAUUUGAGUAUUUGGUUAGCAUCAUAUUGAUUGCUGCCUUUGGUAUUUUCCUCCAA